AUGGAACAUUCAGACUUCGAUCCGAAAGGGAACGACUCAACAUCCACCGUCACUCGUGGACCGUCACCUUCCGAGUCGGGUUGCGAGUUGAAAAUGGAUAGUCAGGAAUGGGUCAUGAAGCAGGAGGUGGAGGAUUUCCAUCGCAAAAACAUCGAGGCCAACCUUAUGGAACGUCGUCUCGGGGUGACCUGGAACAAUCUUACGGUCCAAGCAACCAGUGCCCAAGCCAGCGUCAAAGAAAACAUCCUAUCGCAGUUGAACCUACUCCAAAUGCUUCGAGACCUUCGAGUCAAGCCACCAAUGAAAACAAUCAUUGAUCGGUCCCAUGGCUGUGUCAAGCCCGGGGAGAUGCUCCUUGUGCUAGGCCGCCCCGGCUCGGGAUGCACGACCUUGUUGAAAGUACUUGCAAACAGGCGGAAGGGGUAUCAAUCAGUCGAUGGAGAUGUUUUCUACGGGUCUAUGCCCUACACCGAGGCUGGCCAGUACCGCAGUCAGAUUGUGAUGAAUACUGAGGAAGAGCUGUUCUUUCCCACCUUGACGGUCAACCAAACGAUGAGAUUUGCCUCCCGGCUCAAGGUACCCCACCAUCGUCCGAACGGGAUCACUGUUCAGCAAUACGAAGACCAGAUCAGAAACUUCCUGCUGGCCUCGAUGGGCAUCUCUCACACACACGAGACCAAGGUGGGAAAUGAGUAUGUACGGGGAGUGUCCGGUGGAGAAAGGAAGAGGGUAUCAAUCAUCGAAUGUUUGGCAUCCCGGGCUUCAAUUUUCUGCUGGGAUAAUAGCACACGUGGUCUUGAUGCGAGCACUGCUCUCGACUGGACGAAGGCCAUUCGAACCAUGACAGAUGUGCUUGGCCUUGCGACAAUUGUUACUCUUUACCAACCAGGCAACGGAAUAUACGAGUUGUUUAACAAGGUCCUAAUUCUGGAUGAAGGUAAGCAAAUCUUCUAUGGGCCUAUGCGCGAGGCCCGUCCCUUUAUGGAAAGUCUGGGCUUUGCUUGCAGAGAUGGCGCAAAUACUGCCGAUUAUUUGACCGGAGUAACUGUUCCCACUGAGCGAGAAAUCAUGCCUGGGUACGAAUCAAUAUUCCCCCGGAAUGCGGACGAAAUCCUGGCACGAUACGAGCAAACGGAGACCAGGAAAAUGAUGGCCCUGGAAUAUGAUUACCCCUCUGGCGCGGGUGCUGCACAAGACACAGAGUUCUUCAAGCAAUCGGUUGCCCUGGAAAAGCACCCGGGUCUAUCCAAUACGGCUCUGACGGUCAGCUUCUUCACGCAGGUCUAUGCUUGCGUUGUUCGACAGUACCAAAUCAUCUGGGGCGAUAAACCGACAUUGAUUAUCAAGCAGGCCUCUAACCUGAUUCAAGCGCUGAUUGCCGGGUCGCUAUUCUAUGACUCUCCCAAUACCACCGCUGGCCUUUUUACCAAAGGAGGUGCUUUGUUUUUCUCCAUCUUAUACAACAGUUUGAUGGCGCUCUCUGAGGUGACCGACUCUUUUACCGGGCGCCCAGUCAUGAUCAAACACAAGUCGUUCGGCUAUUACCAUCCUGCAGCAUUCUGUAUUGCCCAAAUUGCUGCGGAUAUACCGAUCGUCCUUUUCAGCAUCACGAUCUUCGGCAUUGUUAUAUACUUCAUGGUUGGGCUGAAGGCAACAGCGGCAGCCUUUUUUACCUACUGGAUCAGUCUCUUUGUGAUAACCAUGUGCCUGACAGCCAUGUUCCGGGCUAUCGGUGCAGCAUUUAAAACCUUUGAUGCGGCAUCCAAGGUCUCCGGUCUCCUGAUUUCCGCCACGGUCAUAUAUGCGGGCUAUAUGAUCCAGUAUCCAAAAAUGCAUGGGUGGUUUAUCUGGAUAUUCUGGAUCGACCCAAUUGCAUACUCGUUCGAGACUCUAUUAUCGAACGAAUUCCACGGACACACGAUCGACUGUGUUGGCAGCAAUUUGAUUCCGAACGGACCCGGAUACAACAGCACCAAUCACCAGUCCUGUGCUGGGGUUCAGGGUGCGGUCCAGGGCGAGGUUAGCGUGACCGGAGAUCAGUACCUUCAUGCUUUGAACUACAGCCAUGGCCAUGCGUGGCGAAAUUUCGGUGUGGUCUGGUGCUGGUGGGCACUGUUCGUCCUCAUUACCGUGGUGGCAACCAGUCUUUGGCACGAUGCGUCAGAGUCAGGUGCAACGAUGCUCACGCCGCGCGAACUCAUGAAGAAGCAGGGUAAGCACACCGCAGACGUGGAGGGUCAGCCACGGGAAUUGAAAUCCAUCAAGGAAGGCGGCGGAGAGGCAGAGGUUGAUGGCUUGGUUCGGAACACGUCGGUUUUUACAUGGCGAAACCUGACCUACAGUGUCAAUACUCCCUCGGGGGACCGUGUUUUACUGAAUGAUGUUCAUGGCUAUAUCAAACCUGGCAUGUUAGGCGCCCUGAUGGGCUCUUCUGGUGCCGGGAAAACGACAUUACUCGAUGUUCUUGCUCAGCGCAAAACAGAAGGGACUAUUCAUGGGUCAAUUUUAGUGGACGGCAGGCCACUACCAGUCUCGUUCCAACGAAGUGCUGGAUACUGUGAGCAACUCGAUGUUCAUGAGCCCUAUGCAACUGUGCGAGAGGCUCUGGAAUUUUCUGCUCUCCUCCGUCAACCACAUGACACUCCAAGGCAGGAGAAGCUUGCCUACGUGGAAACUAUCAUCAAGUUACUGGAAUUAGAAGAUAUCGCUGAUAUGUUGAUUGGAAAGGUUGGUGCGGGUCUGUCUAUUGAGCAACGCAAGCGCGUCACGAUUGGGGUUGAAUUAGUUGCCAAACCCAGUGUCCUCAUUUUCCUGGAUGAGCCCACCUCCGGCCUGGAUGGCCAGUCUGCAUUUAAUACAGUACGAUUUUUACGGAAACUAGCAGAUGCUGGUCAGGCAAUCCUGGUUACCAUCCACCAGCCGUCAGCACAGUUAUUUGCCCAGUUCGACACCCUUCUCUUGCUAGCUCGGGGUGGUAAGACUGUUUACUUCGGGGACAUCGGAGAUAAUGCUGCUACUAUCAAGGAGUAUUUUGCACGCCAAGGUCUGGUUUGUCCACCGGACGUCAACCCCGCGGAGUUUAUGAUCGAUGUCACGUCCGGCCAUCUCUCGCAGGGAAGAGACUGGAACCAAAUCUGGUUGGAAUCUCCAGAGUGCGCGCUCCGGACAGCAGAACUUGACCAAAUUAUUACCGCCGCCGCCAAUAACCCAUCUGCGACGGAUGACGACGACGGCCGGGAAUUUGCGACCCCUCUCUGGGAGCAAAUCAAGAUAGUCACCCACCGUAUGAAUGUCGCCCUCUUCCGCAAUACAGAUUACGUUAACAACAAACUGAUGCUUCACGUUGUUCUUGGCCUUUUCAAUGGAUUUAGCUUCUGGAAGAUUGGGCCAACUGUUGCCGGGUUACAGCUUCGAUUAUUUACGAUCUUCAAUUUCCUUUACGUGUCACCCGGGGUUAUCAGUCAGCUACAACCUUUGUUUAUCGACCGUCGCGAUAUCUAUGAUGCGCGCGAAAAGAAAGCCCGCAUGUACUCUUGGAUUUCAUUUACCACAGGGCUGAUUGUGUCCGAAAUACCUUAUCUGCUGGUCUCGGGUGUGAUCUACUUCCUCUGCUGGUACUAUACCGUCGGCUUUCCGCAGGACUCCAACAAAUCCGGUGCCACCUUAUUUGUGAUGUUGAUGUACGAGUUCGUCUAUACAGGUAUCGGACAAUGCAUUGCGGCCUAUGCCCCGAACGCCGUCUUCGCAUCCCUAGCCAACCCAAUUUUUUUAGGCAUCUUAGUCCAAUUCUGCGGUGCCCUGGUUCCGUACUCACAGAUCCAGACCUUCUGGCGCUACUGGAUGUAUUACCUGAAUCCAUUCAACUACGUCAUGGGCAGUCUUCUGGUCUUCGGCAACUUCGAUUCGCGCGUUGAAUGCGCGGAGAAUGAAUAUGCUGUUUUCGACCCCCCCGCUGGUCAAACAUGCCAGAGUUAUCUGAGCGAUUAUCUACAAGAUGAGGGAGCAAGAACCUCGCUCAUAAACCCUACCGCCGUCACUGGGUGCCGAGUCUGCCAGUAUCAGAGAGGAAGCGAUUAUCUCUACACCAUGAAUUUGAAGGAUUAUUAUUAUGGGUGGCGCGAUGCGGGAAUCGUCGUUAUCUUCGCUAUUAGUUCCUACGCGUUGGUCUAUUUGAUGAUGCGACUUCGGACCAGAGCUUCUAAGAAGGCUGAGUAG